GGCACAGAAAGAUGGAGCAAGUUCGAAGGCUCUGUGCUUACUCCUCUCGACAAGUUUAGCCAUGUGUUAAUCCACAAUGCCCAGCUCUUUCUGAGAAACAAAAAUGCAGGUUUACAUAAUGGACACUGAGUUUGUUUAUUGUGCAUUUAACAUGAACGGCUUCCAGCCAUCACUGGUAGUGUUGAGGGAAAAGGAGAAAGAGAGCACCCUUGGACGAAGUUGUCCCAGCAACCUUUGAGAAGCCGACACUUAGCCGUCUUCCUUUUGGACUUUGUUUCAGUGACAACAUGCAGGAGAAUCGUAUUUCUCGUUGGUAUUUUGGUGGAGUCUCCUCCAGCGCAGCCGCCUGUUUAACGCACCCACUGGAUUUAAUUAAGGUGCACUUACAGACGCAGCAGGAGGUGAGGGUGAGGAUGAUCGGGAUGACUGUUAAUGUGGUGAGGAGAGAAGGUUAUCUGGCUCUCUACAGCGGCCUCAGUGCGUCUCUCUGUCGGCAGAUGACAUAUUCUUUGUCACGGUUUGCCAUUUAUGAGACCGUCAGGGACAAGAUGAACAGAAAGAACCAAGGUUUCAUACCUUUCUACCAGAAAGUCCUGCUCGGUGCCUUUGGAGGGUUUGCAGGUGGUUUCAUCGGGACCCCAGCUGAUCUGGUGAAUGUCCGGAUGCAGAAUGAUGUCAAAUUGCCGGUAGAGCUCAGGAGAAAUUAUGCUCAUGCGCUAGACGGACUAUUACGUGUUUGGAAGGAGGAGGGUGUGAGGAAACUGUUCUCUGGUGCCACAGUAGCAUCUGCUAGGGGUGCACUGGUGUCUGUCGGACAGCUGUCCUGUUACGACCAGUCCAAGCAGUUGGUUCUGGCUACUGGUUACCUGACUGACAAUAUCCUCACUCACUUCCUGGCCAGUGUAUUUGCGGGGGGAUGUGCCACAGUCCUGUGCCAACCACUUGAUGUUGUUAAAACAAGACUAAUGAACUCAAAACUGGAAUAUGGGGGUGUGUUUCACUGUCUAACAGAAACAGCAAAACUGGGCCCGAAGGCAUUUUACAAGGGUCUUGUUCCUGCAGCAAUCCGUCUCAUCCCUCACACGGUCUUCACCUUCAUAUUCCUCGAACAAUUGAGGCAGCAUUUCGGUGCCGUGGCUGUCACCUGAGAAGAAUGAAGUAAAAAAAAUUAAAAAAAGUUUUUACAAUUGCAGUGGUUCUCUGGGCUGGAUAGUUUCAUCACUGAUGCUACAGUGUCCACUACAUACCACUAAUACCAAGAACCAAGAAGAAGUUGCCUUAAAAGAUCGAUUUUCAUUUCUAUCAUCUGUAACACAAAAUGAAAGCGACUCACAUAAUCAAUCACAUUAUCUCACAUAAAUGUCAUAUAUGUAUCAGUUUGUGUUUUAACUUUAACAUUUCCCCAUUAUGACCCAUGACCUGUGAUGAACUAUACAACUACCAAUCUGACAUAAGGGUUUUGGAAGGAAGGUUUUGUUUUUUACUUUAAGCCAGAGUUCUGUGGAGAGGAAACUGCUUUUUAAGUUGAUAUCAACUGAUAAAUCUACUAAUACUAGGCCUUCUUUGCCCUCUGGGUGUGACACUGAAAAAAUAGUGUGCCUAUGUUUAUAAUCUUCUAUGUAUUUGUUUGUAAUGAUUGCAGAAUUUGAGCAUAUCUAUACCAGACAGUUUUUGGUGACCACUGCCACAAACAAGAUUAGUUAUUUUCAUAUUGUGGAAAGUGUGAUGAGAAGACAUUACUAUGGUGGCUCAGAGGUGUCAAACAAAGUGCAAAAGCCACAACACGAAUGCAAAAGCCAGAAGUGAUGCAGUGGUAAGAGUGCCCACCUAUGCAUCAUUCAGGUCCCUUACCACUCCCCAUCAAAUCAAAAGUGGGCUAGUUGUUUUUCCUAAACAUGUAUCAUUGUCAUUUUUAUAAAUUACUAUAAAAAUAAUCUAAAAUUCUGGCUUUUGCAUUCAUGUUGUGGCUUUUUUCGACACCUCUGGGGCAGGUUUUAGAUCCCUUUCUGAUAAGUAAAAAUGCUGUACCUUACAUCAGUAAAAAGAGAAUAAUAAAACUAAAAAUCUA